AUGAGUGCACUAGGGCUAACAGCUGAUAAGAAUGGCAAGGAAGUUGUGAGGUUUAACAAUAAGGAUCAGCAUGUUGGUGAUCCUUCGGUGCAGGUUGCAAGCGUGUUGGGAGUUUUAGUUAAGAGAAACAUCCCAUUAAAGCACAAGGACUGGAGACUUGUCCCUAGAGAGGCCAAAGAUAACAUAUGGGCGAUUAUCAUGCAAAGGUUUAUUGUCGAUGAUUUUUACAAAGACUACUAUCUUGAGAAGAUGGGAAGUUAUCUGAAAGAGGCUAGGUCUAGGAAAGCUGGUAAAAUCCUCGCCUUGGAUGAGCUAGAGGAAGAAGAAAGAGAGAUGAAGCUGGUAGCACUGAAACCAGAGAAUGAUAUUGUCAAUGAGUGGGAAGAGUUCGUGGCACAUGUUCGCUCGGAGGAAUUCAGAGCAAAAAGAUUGCAGAUGCAACAAGUUAGACAGAAACACACCACUUCACACACUCUCAGUAGAGAAGGUUAUGCGAGACUCAAGGCUAAAAUGCAAAAGAAGCGGAAUACAAAAGAAGACAUUGAUAGAGUCGAGCUUUGGAUAACGGGUCACAAACAGAAGGAAGGGAAGGAACCUAAUCCUGGUAUUGUGGAGGCUUUAGAAAAAAUUGAAAGAGCAGCAGAAGAGCAUGGUGCUUAUGUUGGAUCAUCUGUGACAGACGAUUUUAUCUCCAAAUCUCUUGGUGACGACAAACCAGGGAGACUGAGAGGUAUUGGGUAUGGAGUGACAAAGACAAAGAUGGUUUUCAAGAGCCAUUACAAGAAGAUCAUCAAAGAGUGUAAGGACAGUAUGACUGAAAUGAAUGCGAGACUUGCACUGUUAGAGGAAAAAACCUCGAGAUGCGUCUGCUGCCAUGAUGGCUCACACUUGAACAAGUCUGGAAAAGCUAGCAACACCCAUGGUAUUGCUAGCACUAGCAGGAUUAUUCCCCAGUUGCUCAGUUGGUACAAUGAGAACGAGGUUGUUGCUGACGCGAUUAUUGCUGAAACAGAUCCAAAGAUGGAGUUUCAUGUAAUGCCAAUAGAUUUUGGCGCAUACAAAGUAACUGUGACUACUUCUCGUGUUGAUGAUGCUCAUCUCUACAAGCCAUCGGGUGACUUGAAGCGUGUGUUGGAUGUUGUAGGAACUUAUGUCAGAUGGGCCAAGGAUCUUAUAAUGCCUGCCAUCUGA